AUGCAAGAUAACCCUCUGCACAUCUCCCUCUUCCCACCACACGAAGAUGAAGACCUGGACAUGCAAUUCCUCCUGAAUUCCUGCCUAGACAUAUUCGACAUUCGCGCAAAGACGAAAACACUCGAUCAAGACCUGGGUCUCCUUCAAGCCAUCGACGAACGACUUGCGGCCUACGGCUGGCUGACCAACACUGGGAUCAAGUUCAUUAUCGUUGUGGACAUGAUGGGCCGACCUCCAGCUCCAGACCAGGACAAGAGGAGAUUCCCAGCAGCCGUGGGACUACGCGAUGCCGAGAUGAAGCCUGCUUUUCGCGCUGUCCAGACUGCAUACAUUCAACUCAUGUUGAAUCCUUUCUAUAUGCCUGACGACCGAACUCCCCUACAAAUUGCCAACUACGGAGGCAAGAACCCCGAGAUAACGAGCAAGAAGUUCAUCAAUGAGCUUCAGAGGAUAGGCAAGGCAUGGGCACCAGGGUUACCGAACAUAUGA